AUGCGGGUCGGUGCGGAUCAGGACCGGGUCCGUGCGGGUCGGUGCGGGUCAGGACCGGACUGUGUGGCUCGGUGCGGGUCGGUGCGGGUCAGUUUGGCUCAGCUGAGCGGAGCAGCCCCCGCCGCGCCCCGCGCCCCGCAGCCGGGUCUGCGCUCCCCAUGGCCCGGGUUCCCGCACACGGAGCGCGUUAUUCCCGGCGGCGAGCGGGCUGCGGGCUGCCGGCGGGUGCCGCCGGCUCCUUGGGCGUGUUCUCCAGAGGAGGGAGUUGUCCAGUCGGGGGGGGAGCGGGGCGGGGGAGGUGGGAGCGGCGGGCGGAUCACCUGCCCGCCCGGGGGCUCGCAGCGAUCGCCCUCCCGCGGGCCCGGCAGCAGCUCGGGGGGGUCUCACCGGGGGCAGCCCCCGGCGCUGGCCCCGGACCCCCGGGCGGCAUCGGGCAUCGGGCCCCGCCGCUCCCGCCCCGUCCGGCGCCGCCAGCGCGGCCCGAACCUGCGCUCCGCCGCCCCGCCCGGCCUCGGGCCGCCCGGCCCCGCCGCCCGCCUUUAUGCCCCGGCUCCGACGCUCCUCCCCUCGCUCUGCCUCCCCGCGGGGAAACGGCGGCUCCGAGCCCUCCCGGGAGCCCGGACCCGCAACACCGGCGCGGCGGGUCCCGCAGCAUCCCGGGCGCCCCGUAGCAUCCCUGGGUAUCCCAUAGCAUCCCUGGCAUCCCGCAACAUCCUCAACAGCCUGCAGCAGCCCUGGCAACCCACAGCAUCCCAAGUAGCCCGCAGCAUCCCGGGUAGCCCGCAGCACCCCGGGUAUCCCGGCAGCGGCGCUCGGUCGCGCAGCGGGGCUGUCCCGAGGAGCGUCCUGGCUCCUGACCGCAGGAAUUCACACGGAUACGCCCCACCGCGGGCCGCCUUUGCCCGGGGCGGGGAUCGAACCGGCGUUUUUAGAGGCGCGAUCGGCCUCGAGCGCGGCCCCGCUGGGAAAGGCUUUGGCCGUGCCGGGGCUGUUCCCGCCCGGGGACCGCGGCCUCCCACCCCCCCCCGCCAAGGUCUCUGCGCCCACACGCCGCUAUCGGAAGUGACGUCACGCGCCCUGACGGCCCCCGCGGCCAAUGCGGGGCGCGCGCCGCCGCGGCGCCGCCAACCGCGGCCGCUCGGGGACGGGACUUCCGGCCCCUGCGGCGAGGCCGGGGGAGGUGGGGGGAAGGCCCCGCCGAGGGUGAGAACGGCGAGAAGCGACGAGGCGGCGGCGCGGAAAUCCCGGGAGCGGAGCCCUCCCCGCGGGGCGGCGGUGCCGGGUGGAGAGGCCGGGAGGAGCGCCCCACACCCCACACCCAAGGCGGGGAGGCGCCCAGCACCGCCCACGCCCCGCCGGCCGCCGCCCGGCCGAGCCCUCAUGGCGCCGGGGCGGCGGCACCCCCGUUACCUGCCGCGGGGCGCCCGCCGCCGCGCCGGGACCCGGAUGGAGUCGCGGCCGCUCCGGGCGCCGCCGGGCGCGCGGCACCACGGGACGGCGCGGGGCGCCCUCAUUGGCCGGCGAGCGCCCGGCCCCUCCCGUCUGGUCCCGCCCGCCUCCCCCGCCCAUUGGCUGCUGCGCGGUCAGGCUCCUCCCCCGGACCCGGAGCUCGGCUCUCAUUGGCCGGCGCGCCACAAGCCCCGCCCAUCCCCCAACCUCCAGUCCGUCAGCGACUGCGUCGGGCGCCCAUUGGCUGCGGCGCCUCCCGGCCGCGCCCCCGCGUGUGGAUCUCGCCUCCCAUUGGCCGGCGAUCCACAAGCCCCGCCCACUCCGCCAUUUAUGUCGGGCCGCCGCGGGGGCCGUCCCGAAAUGGCGCCCUCCGCGGCGGCGCGGGGCGGGGCCUUUCCUACCCGCGAGGCCUCUCCAACCCGCGAGGCCUCUCCAACCCCUCUUGUGGGUACCGCGAGAGCACGGAGAGGUGUGGUGUCGCGAAGCUACGGGAAGAGCUUUCCCCAAUUUGUUAAGAUAAAAAGGAGGCACUUCCCGAUUUUUUAG